GCCUCGAGCCUGCUCCAGGGCAGCUCUGGGCCCGCUGCAGCCAGCCCGGUCCGCUCCCCCGCCCCCGGCUGGUUCAGCGUGGGGGGCGGGCAGCAGCCCUCCAUCAGCCAGGCCGCCACACGGGGGGUGCACAGCUGCAGCCCGCGGAUCUGCCCCGACCCCAGCCCGCUCCGGGACAGCUGGGGCAUUUCCUGGCUGUCCCGUCAGUGCCAGCCCAGAGUGGUAGAUGAACGCCAAGCUCGGGGGUAUUUACCUGGAUCCCACCUGCUCUUUUCUCACCCAGCAGGGCCUCAAUCCCAAUACUGGAUGGAGCGAGGGGAAGAGGUGCAAGUCCUAGAUCUCAGAAAAGGCGAGGACAGUGAGAGCUGGUUGGGCCCCCAAACAGGUGAGAGGCUGGCAAGCGUGGCUGGGGCAGUGGAUGCUGCACCAGGAAGAGGCGGCACCAGCACUAAUGUGGAGCUGAUGGGGGCCCCUGCUGCGGGGGCAGAGGAAGCUGUGCCAGGAGGCAGUGCCAGGGUGGAGGAGGCUGUACCGGGCGGUAGCGCUAACGCAGAGCUGCCGCCGCACAGAGACCCCACAGUCAAGUGGCCCUUUAAAUGCAGCGAGUGUGGGAAGAGCUUCCGGCAGAGUGCCACGCUGACAAGGCACCAGCUCCUCCAUGCGGGCGAGAGGCCCUAUGUCUGCACCACCUGCAGCAAAGGCUUUUGCGACCGCACGGCGCUGGCCACGCACCAGCGGGCGCACACAGGUGAGCGCCCCUUCCCCUGCCUGGCGUGCGGCAAGGCCUUUGCUGGCAGCUCGGCGCUGCUGGUGCAUCAGCGAGUGCACACCGGGGAGCGUCCCUACCGCUGUGGGGAGUGCGGGCAGAGCUUCCGGCAGAGCGCCCACCUGGCACAGCACCAGCAGGGUGCCCACAUCAGCCAGCGCCCCCACGCCUGCACUCAGUGUGGCAAGAGCUUCGGGCUGCGCUCCACGCUGGCACGGCACUUGCAGACACACAGUGUCGAACGCCCCUACGCCUGCCCUGACUGCCCCCGCCGCUUCCGCCAGCGAGCCCACCUGCUUCGGCACCAGCUGGCCCACACAGGUGAGCGCCCCUUCCCCUGCCCGGUCUGCGGCAAAGCCUUUGCCCUGAGUGCCACAUUGCUGCGCCACCAGCUGGUGCACACAGGCGAGCGCCCCUACCGCUGUGGGGAGUGUGGGCGCAGCUAUACCCAGAGCUCCUACCUGCGCCAGCACCAGCGCAGUGCCCACGCUGGCCAGCGCCCCCACACCUGCCCUGACUGCGGCCGUGCCUUUGCUGACCGUGCCAACCUCCUGCGGCACCAGCGGGGCCACACAGGCACCCGACCCCACACCUGUGCUGAGUGUGGGCGGUGCUUUGCCCAGCUGGCACACCUACGGGAGCACGGGCGCACACACAGUAGGGAGCAGCCAUUCUGCUGCAGCCAGUGUGGCCAAGCCUUUGGGCACCGUUCAGCCCUGGCUGCGCACCAGCGCGCACACAGUGGAGAGCGCCCCUACACCUGUACCCAGUGUGGGUGCCACUUUGCUCAGCUUGCCAGCCUAGUGGAGCACCGCCGGCGGCACACGGGCGAGAAACCUCAUGAGUGCCCCCACUGCGGGUGCCGCUUCCGCCACCGCUCAGCCCUGCUUCGCCACCAGCGCUCCCAUGCUGGGGAGCGCCCCUUCCUCUGUGGGCAGUGCGGUCGUGGUUACACCCGCAGCUCCAACCUCCUGCUGCACCAGCGGGUGCAUGCUGCUGAGUGACAUCCCAGCGUCCAGGACGUCACCGGCAUCUGGUGACUCCUCCACCCCUCAUGCUGGGAUGGUCCUGGCCUGGUCUGACCAGAGUCCACACUGUUGCAUGGCCACUCCCCCGCCCACUGCCCAGGAAUGGGGGUGGCUGGGCCAGGCCUGCGUUGUCCAUCCAGGUACUGAGUGAAUGAAGCUGCUGCCAGCAGUCAUGGUUUCUCCAGCCCCAGGUAGCAAACCUAGGGGCAGAGCUUCCUGCAGAGUGGGGCCCUGCUCAGGGGUCGGGCUCGGAAUGGGGGCUGUGCCCAGGCAGUGCCAGACUCCAUUUUCUCCCCUUUUGCUGGCUGGUGCUGCCCGGGCUGCCACUCCAACACCCUGGGCCCUGCAUGUGGCUCAACCAAGCCCAAACCUGCCCUGCUAGGCGGGUGGGGGCGCAGCUUCUAAUGAAUUUCUAAAAUGUUUUGUUACAAAGUGAAAAUAAACCUGUCAAAUUCCCAGGA